GUGACAUGUCCCCUCUGCGUCCCAGAGCCGUCUCCUUUUUUGCUGGCUUUCCAGAGAGACCAAGAAACACAUCUCCUUGGAUUAGAAACUAGCCAAAACUGGUACCUUGGCAAGGAAGCGAGCAGACUUUCCAUCUCCUGGAGAAAGCUUCUGUUUUGGUUGUCCGCCAUGGUGAAGAACCUUACAGAAAGCCACUCUCAGCCUCUGAGCCAAAAAGCGAAAGGGAAGUGAAGCAGGCCGUGGAGGCCUCUUUCCUGCUAAAUAUAGGCUUGAGGUUGAAAAAGGGCAGCGUUGAGUGAGUGGGUGCUUCCGGACACAUGUUUGCGGGAGCUGUGUUUUGAAGGGGUGCAAACGAAAGCAAGAGAUGGGGCGAAGAAAAUGAGGAAAUCCGCCGCGCUGCUGUGUCAGGUGCUGGCUUGAAGAACAUCAAAAUCAGAGUCUUCUUCUCCUUGCAUUGCCACAGACCACAGAUAAGCUUCUCUGCUUCUCAAGAGGUUCUGAGCAAAUCGGAAAUGGAGGACUGUAUGGAGACCUUGAAGGAUGAGGAAGACGCAUUGUGGGAGAACGUGGAGUGCAACCGCCACAUGUUGACCCGCUACAUCAACCCGGCCAAACUGACUCCUUACCUUCGCCAGUGUAAAGUUGUCGAUGAACAAGAUGAGGAUGAGGUGCUCAAUUCCCCCAUGCUGCUCUCCAAAAUCAACCGAGCAGGUCGACUCCUAGACAUUCUUCAUACCAAAGGAGAGAGAGGCUAUGUGGUCUUCUUAGAAAGCCUUGAAUUUUACUACCCAGAGCUCUAUAAAUUAGUGACUGGAAAGGAACCGACACGACGCUUCUCCACUAUUGUUGUAGAAGAGGGCCAUGAAGGCCUCACCCAUUUCCUAAUGAAUGAGAUCAUCAAGCUCCAGCAACAGCUCAAGACCAAGGAUGCGCAACGCUGUGAGCUCCUGGCCAAGUCCCGCCAGUUGGAGGACGAGAGGAAGCGGAUAAAGCUCAACAAGAUAGAGCUGCUGACCUUCCAGGAGAGGUACAAUAAAAUGAAGGAGGAGCGGAACAACUACAAUGACGAACUGGUCAAGGUUAAAGAUGAGAACUACAACUUGGCAAUGAGGUAUGCCCAGCUGAGUGAAGAAAAAAACAUGGCGGUGAUGAGAAGCCGAGACCUCCAACUAGAGAUUGACCAGCUGAAACACUGGUUGAAUAAAGUGGAAGAGGAAUGCAAGCUGGAGAGAAACCAGUCCUUGAAGCUCAAGAAUGAUAUUGAAAACCGACCCAAGAAAGAACAGGUUCUGGAGCUGGAACGGGAAAACGAGAUGCUCAAAACCAAAAUUCAGGAGCUCCAGUCCAUCAUUCAGGCUGGAGAACCCAGCUUGCCAGAUUCAGACAAGGCCAUUUUGGACAUCCUAGAGCAUGACCGCAAAGAGGCACUAGAAGAUCGUCAGGAGUUGGUCAACAAGAUCUUCAAUCUCCAGGAAGAGAUCCGACAUGCAGAGGACCUGCGAGAUAAGUACCUCGAGGAGAAACAGGAGCUGGAGCUGAAAUGCUCAACUCUGGGGAAAGACUGUGAAAUGUACAAACAUCGCAUGAACACGGUGAUGAUCCAGCUGGAAGAAGUGGAGAAAGAGAGAGACCAGGCAUUCCGUUCACGCGACGAGGCUCAAACGCAGUAUUCUCAGUGCCUGGUCGAAAAAGACAAAUAUCGGAAGCAGAUCCGGGAGCUGGAAGAAAGGAAUGACGAACUCCGGAUCGAAGUGGUUCGAAAGGAGGCCUGCAUCAUUAAUUUGGAGUGCAAGUUGAGGCGCCUCUCCAAGGACAACGGCUACGACCAGAGCUUACCAAGAAACCUGCCCCUCACUGUGAUUUCUCAGACUUUGGAGUCCCAAGGCCCCAAAACCAACGGCCAGGAGGCAGAUGAUUCCUCUACUUCAGAGGAAUCUCCAGAAGACAGCAAGUUCUUCCACUCAGAGCAGCCCCGAUUCAGAAGGAUGAACUUGAAAGGCAUCCAGCUGCCAAGAAUAAGAUCCCCCGUCAGUGUGAGCAAGGCAUCAGAUUUUCAAGCGGUCCGAGGACAUGACGAUGACCGAUGUGACACCAGCAGCAGCCACGCCGACACCAAUUCCUCUAAUCCUGUUUCCAUCAGCAACUCAGUGGGCAGCUGCAAAGUUGGCAAAAUUCAAACGCUGCGGAAUCGCAACCCCAGCAUCAUGUCCACAACCCCAGAGCCACCAGGGAAUGACUCCAUACUCCGGCGUUCCAAAGAAGAUGCUCCCCAUAGCAGCCUGACUGAAGAAGACAAUGACAGCAUUGGUUACGACACUUUGGAGUUAGACGAUGAGUUUCAUGACAGGUAUUCCUCAUUGCCUUCCUCGUCCUCUUCCCAUCAGUCUGAAGGGCUGGACUUCGAGCAAGUCAACUCCAUUUUUCGGAAGUUCUCUCUGGAAAGGCCCUUCCGUCCUUCGGUGACGUCUGUUGGCCGCCUCCACAACACGUUCCAUGCUGUCCAGCAAAUCAUCGUGAAUGGAGACACGCUGAGUUCGGAGAUCACUCUGUUGGGAGGGAACAUCAAAGGGAACUUCAUCAAGUCGGUCAAGAUGUAUUCCCUGGCAGAGAAAGCCGGCCUCAGAGAGGGACACCAGCUGCUUUUGGUGGAGGGAUGCAUCAGAGGGGAAAACACAACUCUACCCUUGGAUGCCUGCACAAAGGAAGAAAUGCACUGGAUAAUUCAGAAGUGUAGUGGACAGCUGAUACUCCACUGUAAAUCAAAUCAUGAAGAAUACAGGAAACUGCUGUCUGAAAUCGACGAAGGACUGGUGAAAUCAGGAGACUCUUUCUACAUCCGCUUGAAUCUGAGCAUCUCCAGUCAAUUGGACUGCUGCUCCCUCUCAGUAAACUGUGAUGAGAUCCUUCAUGUCCUCGACACCAUGUACCAAGGGAAGUGUGAAUGGCUUUGUGCCCGAGUUGACCCCUUCACUGACAGGGAUGGGGAUACGGGGACCAUCCCCAAUGGCAGCAGAGCCCAACAGCUCCUCCUAGUGAAGUUGCAACGGCUGAUGAACAAAGGAAACCGGGAUGAGAUGGACAAUUCGUACGGUACGCUCCGAACGUCGCGGAAUACACUGCAGCCGGAAGAUCACACGCCACCGAGCGACGCUAAAACCAGUCCCCGCCUUUCCCGAGCCAGCUUCCUUUUAGGGCAGAUUCUACAGUUUGUCAGCAGGUCGGAAAACAAGUACAAGCGAAUGAACAGCAACGAACGCGUCCGCAUUGUCACCUCGAAAGACACCCGUUCCAGAUCAGAGGUCCAGCCGGUGACCAAGGCCAUGAUUGACAGAUUUGAAGAGUUUGAUUCUGUAACGGAGAUCAAUAAGAGUUUCAGCUUGGUGCCGUAUAGCUCGGUGCGCCCCGUCCAUUGUGACCGCCGGCGACCCGUCCUCUUCAGCCCCACGAUGCUUUCCAAGACCUUCAUUCAGAAGCUGCUCAAUGCUGGAGGAGCCCUGGAAUUCAAUUUGUGCAAACCAGACAUCAUAACAAAGGAAGAAUUCUUAAGGAGACACAAGUCGGAAACAAUAAUAUAUUCCCGAGAAAGGAAUCCGCACACCUAUGAAUGCAUUUUCCCUGCCAAUAUUGAGGCUGUUGCUGCCAAGAACAAACAUUGUCUGCUUGAAGUUGGCAUCGGCUGCACAAAGGAUUUAAUCAAAGCCAAGAUAUAUCCCAUCGUUCUUUUUAUCAGAGUCUCCGAAAAAAACAUCAAGAAGUUCAGGAAGCUCUUACCAAAGCCUGAGAUUGAAGAAGAGCUCCUACCGAUGUGCCGCCAGAAUGAGAAAGAGCUGGAGGGUUUGCCCUGCCUUUAUGCCUCCCUGGAAGCCGACGCUUGGAGCAGCAUCGAGGACCUCCUCCGCAUCAUCAAGGAGAAGGUUGCAGAAGAACAGCAGAAAACCAUCUGGAUUGACGAGGAGCAGUUGUGAAGCCCAGACCCAACUGGUGUCGGAGAGGGAGGUGCUGCUUGAUUGCACAACGGAGAAGCCCAGAAGGUGCUGGAUUCCCAACGCAGACUCUUUGAAAUCUCUGAGAUGGAUCCUGCCUUCACUAACUCUUCCAUCUGUAGUCAGAUGCUGGGAAGUCUUGACAAACGUCCAAAUGCUGAGUGUGAGGGCACCACUAAACAGUUCAGCCAUAACACAGCCAUGUGGCUACCACAGAUGCUACUUAGAGGUUCUGGCUAGGACUUUUCCUCCACAGAGGUUUGCUCCUUUACCAUGGACACAUGCCAUUCCUGGAGGCCAGGGAUGUCAAAGUUUAUAACCCUCAAUCUAUUGCAAGAAGUUUAUACACUCUCAAUGUGGAGAGUCAAACUAAGAUGCUGAAGAAGAUAUAGAUGCCCUCCAACAUGGAGAAGCUGGGUCCGGCUAUAGUGGAGGAGGUUUACACUUAAGACUAAGG